GGGUUUCAAUAUUCCAGAUACUUUUAGGAUUAGAGACUAUUUGCUAGUGGGGAGACUCCGGCUCCGGCAGCCAGUUGAGCAGCGGCAAAGUAAAAUGAACAGCGAGAGACAGAUGUUCCAGUCACCUCUCUGUCGCCCAGAGAUCCCGGAGCUGUUCUCCGGCCAACUCGUUUCCCAGCUAUAGUUCCUGAGAGCGCUGGACAAAGGGAGCUCACGGAGCGCCUAGAAGCUGCUCCUCGGAGAUGCCUUCGCCUGAGCAGUAAGAACUUCCUGCUUGAGUCCCUGCAUCCCCUUCCCCCUGAAACUCCCUGGAGAGAGGGGCAGCCAACCCCAGGGGGAGGGGCGAGGGGAUCUUAGUGCAGCUCUUUCUCCCCCCUCCUCCUCCCCUUCCGGGCGCGCAGGCAUGGAUGUGCUCAGCCCUGGACCAGGCAACAACACCACGUCCUCCGAAGUUCCCUUCGGGACAAACGGCAACGCUACUGGCAUCUCCGACGUGACCUUCAGCUACCAAGUGGUCACCUCUCUGCUGCUGGGUACCCUUAUCUUCUGUGCGGUGCUGGGCAACGCAUGUGUAGUGGCCGCCAUUGCCCUGGAGCGCUCCCUGCAGAACGUGGCCAACUAUCUCAUCGGCUCCCUGGCAGUCACCGACCUCAUGGUGUCAGUGCUGGUGCUGCCCAUGGCUGCGUUGUACCAGGUGCUCAACAAGUGGACGCUGGGACAGGUCACCUGUGACCUGUUCAUUGCCCUCGACGUGUUGUGCUGCACCUCGUCCAUCCUGCACCUGUGCGCCAUCGCGCUGGACAGGUACUGGGCCAUCACAGACCCCAUCGACUACGUGAACAAGAGGACGCCCAGGCGCGCCGCUGCGCUCAUCUCGCUCACUUGGCUUAUUGGCUUCCUCAUCUCCAUCCCGCCCAUGCUGGGCUGGCGCACCCCCGAAGACCGCUCGGACCCCGACGCGUGUACCAUCAGCAAGGACCACGGCUACACUAUCUAUUCCACCUUCGGCGCUUUCUACAUCCCGCUGCUACUCAUGCUAGUUCUCUAUGGGCGCAUCUUCCGCGCAGCGCGCUUCCGCAUCCGCAAGACAGUCAAGAAGGUGGAGAAGAAGAGAGCGGACACCCGCCUUGUGGCGUCGCCAGCCCCGCAGCCCAAGAAGAGCCUAAAUGGAGAGCCAGGGAGCAGAGAAUGGAGGCAGGGCCCGGAGAAUAAAGCAGGGGGCAUUCAGUGCGCCAAUGGAGCGGUGAGACAGGGCGACGACGGCGCAGCUCUGGAGGUGAUCGAAGUGCAUCGGCUGGGCAACUCCAAAGAGCACCUGCCGCUGCCAAGCGAAGCGGGUGCUAUCCCCUGUGCUCCCACCUCCUUCGAGAAGAAAAAUGAGCGCAAUGCUGAGGCAAAGCGCAAAAUGGCUCUGGCCCGAGAGAGGAAGACGGUAAAAACGCUGGGCAUCAUUAUGGGCACCUUCAUCCUCUGCUGGCUGCCCUUCUUCAUCGUGGCCCUGGUCUUGCCCUUCUGCGCGAACAGCUGUCACAUGCCAACCCUGUUGGGCGCCAUAAUCAACUGGCUGGGCUACUCCAACUCUCUGCUUAACCCUGUUAUUUACGCCUACUUCAACAAGGACUUCCAAAACGCCUUUAAGAAGAUCAUCAAAUGCAAGUUCUGCCGCGGAUGAUGAAGGAGGAGCAGCCGACGAGUAGGCCCACUUUAUCCACGCCGCCUCCCGCAACCCUCUGGAAUCAACAAUAUA